GCACUUUAGCUUCAGGCUUCAGUACAAAAUUAUACUAUUGCCUGUUAUUGUCAACGAUUUUAAGGCAGGAUUGUUGACUUUUAAGAUAGAUUAGCAAAUACAUUUAAAUUCGGAAAUAUGGGCAAACUUUAGUAAUUAUUAAUUAAAAAGUGCCAUGCCAAGUUGCGCCGUUCCUGGCUGCAAUAGCCAUAACAAAAUGAAACAGAAGACCAAUAUCAAAUUUUAUAGUUUUCCAAAAAACAAAAGUCUGCAAAUCCAGUGGAUUCAAGCUUGUAGUCGACAAGGCAAAUUAAAUGUACGAUAUGCGGCUAUAUGCUCCAAACAUUUUGAAAGCAAAUACUUUUUCACUCCUCUGAAAUACAGGCUGCUGAAUGUGACUUUACCAAAGUCCUUUCGAAAUUUAGAAGAUAAUGCAGUUCCAACUCUAGCUUUACCUAAAUGUAAUUCGGUAAAAUCCGAAAUAAGCACAUCUUGUAAUGCAACUGAAAGAAUGCAAGAUGAUUUCAAAAUACCACCAGGACAUUUCGUGGAAAUAUCACCUUUAAAUAGUAUCAGCUACGGAUCGAUCAAGGUGGAAGAUCAAGAAAUGACUGAAGAAAUAAUCGAACCACUUGUCUCAGUGAAAACGGAUCCUGCUUUCCAGUCCAGACGUCGCACCUGAAUUUAAACUACCUAUAAACAUCACGGCAAGGUUGAAUUCGCUGUGUUAUGAGUCGACAGUUUCUACUCAUUUUGAGUCCUAGUAAAUGAACCAUCGAAUGGAAAUAUUUGGAAAACAAUAUUAAAAAAUAAAAAUCGUAUUUUUUAAAUGUU